UCUUUGUGUGUGUUUAUUUUUAACUUCAGCCUUGUCGGCUUUUAUGUUUCUCUAAAACGUUCAUUAAUGUUCCUUUCAAAUUUUAAGUUUUCACGAUAUUUUGUUUGAAGUUCAUCUCAUAUUCAUCAUGUCGUGAUUCGGUCGCAGUUUGUGAUUUAUUUCUUCUGCGAUACUUCGGUUCUGUUUGGCGGGGCGCCAUGAUGGUCUGAAGACGUCCUCCGAACUUGUCCGGGCUUAUUUCGUGAAAAUACCGCUGGAUAAGCCCCGCAUUCAUGUCUCCAUUAAUUGGUACGUGAGUAAAACGGACCGAAGAUGAAUAAUCAAGAGCAGCAUCAUCCUGCUCCAAUGAGCACUGCCUCUCAUUCGGAAAGAGGCGAUGUCAACAAUCGAGAGGCACAUGCCUCUAAUGUUGUGUCAAAUGUCGCUAAAUAUUGGGUCUUAACGAAUCUUUUCCCCAAUCCCAUGGCACAGAUUCCGAUGUCAGGAAACCUGGCCCCUCUAGCCCUUUCGAGCACAACCAUAACAGCAAGUGGAGACUCGGGGACCAGUGAUAGUCACACAACAACUACCCAGAGUAUGAAAGGCAUAAAAGUCUUAAGUAAAUCGGGUUCAAAUUCAUCUCAGCAGAUUGAAAAUUCAGUUCAUUGCCAGCCGACGGUCCAUGAAAUCCCACAAAUGGAUGGUGCCCACGAGCAUCAGCUCAUCAGCGGCCUUACUCCUCAACAGCAUCACCAAUUAGUGCAGCAGGUUGCUCAGCAUCAGGUUUUGGCAGAACAGCAACAGCCGCCCUCUGGAAAUGAUCAGUCAUCUCAGCAACAACAACAACAGCAGCAGCAACAACAACAACAACAACAACAACAACAGCAACAACAACAGCAGCAGCAACAACAACAGCAGCAGCAACAACAACAGCAGCAGUCUCAGCCUCCUCCUCCCCCACCGCCCCCCUCCUCACAGCAAAGUCAACCAAGCAGGUCGCAUUCUUCGUCAGAAGUCAAAAAUAGUACAUCUCCUCAGAAUGAAGCCAGUAUGAAGGAUGUGCGACCGAUCAUCAGUAUGCCGCAUGCAAGUUUUCAAAUUCAAGAUGGCAAAGGCCCUCCUCACAUGAUGGACUUCCGAGCUCUAGAUGGAUCUAUCUUCAAGAUUGCCGCUAAUGGUGAACAGGAUCUAUCGAAAAGUCUGGGUGUUGAAAUGGUGCAAAAUAUGUAUAAAGUGAACGUCGAGGACAUUAACCAGCUGUUGGCAUAUCAUGAAGUGUUUGGUAAACUUCAACCAGGCGAGGUGCAAGCCGUGCCACAAAACGCAGCAGCUUUGUUGCACCAUGCCAGCCACUCAGCUGGCAGUGUAACCAUCCCAAAAUCGGAGUGUGAAUCUCUCGUUGGCUCUUCAACAAACAUAGGUGAUGACAAUUCCAUUUCAUCUGUAACGCCCUCCCCAUCGCCGGCUCCUCCUUUGGUUGCUGGCAGUCAUCCCUGUGAUAUUUGCGGCAAGGUUUUUCCGUAUAGGUACCAGAUGAUAGUUCACAGGCGGUAUCACACAGAAAGAAAACCAUUUUCCUGCCAGGUAUGUGGGAAAGCCUUUGAGCUGAGUGCUGAACUUCUUGAGCAUGGUAAAAUUCAUGUUGGCAGCGGCAUGUUCACCUGCACAAUGUGUUUUCAAGUUUUUGCCAAUGAUCAAAGUUUAGAGAGGCAUGUCAAAAGGCAUACAACUGACAAGCCCUAUUACUGUUCAAUUUGCGGCAAGAGCUUUGCGCGGAAAGAACACUUGGACAACCACACUAGAUGUCACACUGGUGAAACCCCCUAUAGAUGUCAGUACUGUGGGAAAAACUUCACUCGCAAAGAACACAUGGUAAACCAUGUUCGUAGUAAGCACACUGGCGAAACUCCCCACCGCUGUGACAUCUGCAAGAAAACUUUUACUCGUAAAGAACAUUAUAUGAAUCACGUUAUGUGGCAUACGGGUGAAACUCCUCACAUCUGUCACCUAUGCAACAAAAAGUUCACACGCAAAGAACAUUUGAACAAUCACAUUAGAUCGCACACAAACGAUACUCCCUUCCGUUGUGAAAUUUGCGGGAAGUCUUUCACGAGGAAGGAACACUUCACCAAUCACAUCAUGUGGCACACUGGCGAAACUCCUCAUCGGUGUGACUUCUGCUCGAAAACUUUCACUCGAAAAGAACACCUUUUGAAUCAUGUACGACAACACACGGGUGAAUCUCCUCACCGUUGCACUUUUUGUCCCAAGUCAUUCACUCGCAAAGAACACUUGGUUAACCACAUUCGCCAACACACAGGUGAAACGCCCUUUCAUUGCCCACACUGUCCGAAAGCGUUCACACGAAAAGACCAUCUUGUCUACCACGUCAGGCAGCACACAGGAGAGUCCCCGCAUAAGUGCCAGUAUUGUGGAAAGACCUUCACACGCAAAGAGCACUUAACCAUUCACAUUAGGCAGCAUACUGGAGAGUCGCCCUUUCGUUGCACAUACUGCUCAAAGACUUUCACGCGCAAAGAGCACCUAACAAAUCACAUCCGAGUGCACACAGGAGAGUCUCCUCAUCGAUGUGAUUUCUGUCAGAAAUCAUUCACGCGCAAAGAGCACCUAGUGAAACAUGUACGUCAACAUUCCGGUGAGACAGAGCAUAAUUGUCACAUUUGCUCAAAACCGUUCACACGAAAGGAGCACUUGAUCCAUCAUAUGCGCACACACACUGGUGAGCGUCCCUAUGCUUGCGACGAGUGUGGAAAGACAUUCCCACUGAAAGGCAAUUUGUUGUUCCACCAGAGAUCUCACCAGAAGGGCUUACCCCUUGCACGGCCGUUUAAGUGCGAAUUCUGCCCCAAAGAUUUUGCGUGCAAAGGCCACUUGGUGUCGCAUCAACGUGUCCACAACACAGAACGGCCGCAUGCAUGCCAUCAGUGUAGUAAGACUUUUGUCGACAAAGGCAAUCUUCUUAAGCACAUCCACAAGCAUCACAGUCCUGGUGACAUCAUCUUCGUUGCGCCAUCUUCCUCUGUCGUCACAUCCGUCGCCAGCAUGCAGGCAUCACAGUCGCAGCAGCAGGAAGGACCAUCCUCAGGAGCACAACCUCUCUCGAUACCUAUGGUCUCCAUGUCGUCCUCAAUUCCAGCGUCACAUCACUCGCAGCAAUCUUCUGUUGUUCAAUCCCCUCCGGUUUCCAUGCACCAUGCGCCUCCCCCACCCCCACCCACUCCAUCCCCUAUUGCUCUAGUUGUACCUGUCCCAACAAAUACAGUACUUGCUACUUACUAGAUCACAACAAUCCAGAACUGAGACAAUUGACUAACCUAAUAUUUUUAAGCCCUCAACUUGAAGGAAGAUUUUUAUUUUCCUUAAACGCAGGCAAAUGUCUCCGUUUCAUAUUGUCAGAAUUCAUACUGUUUUAGUCAGUAGAAGAAUCGAUUCUGUAACUGAAUGCUUUUUUUUGGAUAACAGAAGGAAUUCUUGACUCUUUAUCCCUGUCUUCAUUGAAAAGUUGACAGGUCCGACCUUAGGAAGAAUUUUUGAUAGCUUUUUUGAGUGCGGCCACAAGGAGUUUGGUGGCUCAUGACUUUUAAGACUUCUGAAAAAUAGUUGAUUAUUGAAAAUGAAAAUCGAUAAUUAUUUUUUAAGAGGCUGAAACUUGCCUGUUGUGUUUACAAUUUGUAUAAAAUGUACAUUGACUUGUACAAUUUUCCCUAUUUUCCCAUUCUAGUUUUGUAUAAUGUUUGAAGUAAGGUGUCUGAAAAUUUACUAAUUUUUUGUUCAUCACUUCUGGUGCAUGAUUUUAUGAUUCAGACUGAAUAUGACAGAAGUGUCAAAUAAUUUGUCAAAUUUUUUAGGGUUUUACACAGGGUUCUACAGACUCCAGUUUACCACCUUGAUGUAUUGUAUUAUUUCAAAAUUGAAAAAACAAUUUGUAAGAAAUUUAACACGACUUGCUUAAUCUCAAAUCAUUUUGCAUUAAAUAGACAUUAUCACACAAGGUUUGACCUUAACAUUGUCAAUAUCAACUUCAUAAAUACUCCUUUAAUAAAUGUUGUUUAAUUGCUGUAUCAUUAAUUUUCAAUUUUCUCAGCAUUGUUAAGUUUUAUUUAUUUAUUUUUUUUUUUCAUUGCUUAGAAUUUAUUGCAGAAUGAUUUGAAACUGAGUUUGUUUGUUUUUUUGUAGUUUUCUUCUCAUUUCUUUCUUUUUUUAUGAAUGUCUUAAAGUUUUGAAACUAUGAAUCAUUUCAUGAAAACAAAAACACAAUAACGAAGUCUGUAGAUUCCUCUUAACUUGUGACUGUUCUCAGAGAGAGACCUUAGUUCAUAUAGGUGACUUUCUCAAGAGAGCAACUGUUGUCAAAUUAAGUUGAAGAAUCAGCUUUUGAACUUUCACCAAAAAAGCUCUCUCUUGAAUAAUUAUCUACUAUGAGAGGCUUAGUUAAUUUCUGUGCAAUAACUGGCAUAAAGUUUCAUUUCAAUCCAAAAAUUAAAAGCCCAAUUGAGGGUUUAUUAUAAAAAUGUUAAAUCAUACUCUCGAAAAUACGAUUUUUGGAUCAUUUUUUUCAGUGUGUCAUUAGUAGUUUCAGUUUAUAAUGACAAUUAUGGGCAGCUCUGUGCCAAAAUAUUUGUAAUAUCUAAAUUUUCAAUCCUUCAGCCCUAAGGCUCUCUUUUCUGAGGACAAUCUUUAUUUUAUAAUGUUUCCAAGGAAAUGCAGGAGUGUUAAGAAAAUGGUGUAUUCUGAAAAGUUAGGAAAGUUAAUCUGUCUCAACUGAUCCUUCCUCUAAGACAUCAAAGCAAAAGACUGCUUUAAAAUACAUGAUAAUUUUUAGUUGCAAAGCAGUGACCAUUGGCUUGUAAGCUGAAUAACUAAAUAUUACUGGUGAGACACUUGGUGCCAAGUCUUUGUCAAUGUGAGAUGAUUCAGGUGCGACUUCUCACAGUAAUGUGUUUCUUAGCUGCAAUACAUCAUUCAUGCAUGUUUUUAUAUUUUUCCUUGUUAUUUUCCUCAUGAGGAAGAAUCUCAUUUCUCGUCUUGUAAUUUAUCCUCUCUCCAUGACUAUAAAUAUUCUGAAGCUGACUAAUUUAUAAAAUGAUUUUUACGAUCAGAAGGUUUUUUCUCUUGCUAAUCAACCCUGAGUAGCCGUGUUAAGGAACAAACAGUUUUUCCCUUUUUUCCCGAGCUGGCACAGCAAUUGGUAAAAAAUAUUUGUUGCUUAUUGAUCAUCGUAUAAUUUUUUCUUUGUUACUAUCCUCUCAUCCCCCCCUCCCCUCCUCUCUUUUUUAAAAGAGCGUUUUACCGAGUAAAUAUUUGUCGUUUUUUGACACUUUUAUCAUCCCUCAUUGUUUUUAAUCCCUAAACCGAAGCCCUGUGUGGACUUUCCAGUGUCCUCCUCUCCUGUGUUGUUCCUGCAAGCGCUUGCUUAUAGUUAGCUAAGCAGCUCGCCAGUUUGUGUUGAGGAAUUGGUAGUCUGGAUAUGCCUGAACAUCACUGACUCUGACUGAUACGUGUAAAUCUUAGUAAACUCGUAUUUUUAAGCCUAAUGCCUAGGAAAUUUUUUUUAGUUAUUUUCUGAUUCUUGAACCCUGUCUUGCAGCCAAUACGGGGUGGCUUAGUAUGUACCUCUCAUCAGUAUUGAAAUUUUAUUCUUGUCUGUUUCUUUUAAUGGUCACAAUCACUAGAAAACUUCACGUAUUUGGCUCUAAUGCAAGAUUUAUGCUGAUGGCAGUGUAACAUUCUUACUGACUUAAAUCAGUUCCUUGUAAAUAUCUGUGAUAUAUUAACUGUCCCUUUUUUAGUCCUUUUUGAAUUUUAUGCUAAAACCUCUCUUGCUCCGCAAGAAAAAUGUGUACAAAUGUAUCAUACUGUUACACCAACUAAUUCCUAAACAUUCUCAUAGUAAUUGUGGUGAUGUCACGUUUCUUCUUAAUAUUGCAAUAUAAUUUCAGACCACAUGUACAGUAAUCUACAAAUCGUGUAAGAAAGAAUCAAGAUAAAAUGGGAAAAGUUACUCAUUUCUGUAAUUAUUUAAGGGCUCUUUUGAUUUUAUGUAAUGAAUUUUUAUUUUGUUAUUUUUAAGAUUUUGAGUUGACUGUGCUUGAACACUCUAACAGUUGGUCAAUUUACUACUCUGUUGUACAAUCCUCUAUUCUUAUUGGUGAUCCAUUCCCUCGGGUCAGUGAUAACUCUAUUGUUAGUAGCUUUAACUAAUAGGAUGCUUAUUUACUUUCAUUUUUUUAUUUAUUCAUCUUCACAUAAAUACAUGAGUUGUUGUAAUAUAAAAUUUAGGCGAGAUGAAGGUUCCAUUGAAACCGAUGUUUAACACCUCGUAUUUUUAUGCUAUGUAUUAUAUAUGACACAUGUGACCUUUCGCACACUCAUCUGCUGCCAUGUUCUCAGUGUUCAAGCACUCUGUCAACCAUGAAAUAAGAAAACGUUCUUUAUAUUUUUAUGUUCUAUUUUGUUUGACUGUAAAUAUUUAUAAAUAGUAUGGAUUAGUGCGCUUUUAAGUAAAACUUUCCUGCUCUUAUUUAAUUCAAAGCUCAAUAAGUCACGACUUUUUGCCCGGUUAAGUUUUUAAAUCAAAUUUAUCUGGCAUAUAUUGGAGCUAGUUUAUUAGGGAGGAACCAUACCACAUCAAGUUGCUGUGAGGAAAAUUAGAUAGGAGUUAGAAGCUUCAUUUUGCCCAACAUCAGUGAAAAAAAAAAUUCUCCUCGGAAACUUGACAUCUUUUCUCAUUCAAUUUUUGCAUGAGAAAAUGUAUUGUCAUUAAAGCUCAUAACGCUGAACUCAAUUUUUUCUCAAAUGUGAAUUGUUCCUUCCUGACGACUUCUGUCCAAUUUUCCUUUUGUUCUUGAAAAAUUCAUCUUUCCCCAACACAGUUAAUUUUCAUUAUGAUCGUCCCAAAUAUGGUUGCAAGUUGAGUCUAUAAGACCUCAAAAUUUCGCUCAUAAUCAAAUUUUUAGCAUCAGAUGUUGGCUGUUCGAGCUUUUAUAUGCUGACUUCAAUUAAUCUGAGUACCUGCUAAGUCUGGAAACUCGUCUGACUGAGGCAAAAAAAUUUGCCCAUGCAGCCAAAAAAACCGUUUGAAACGGAGGUUUUGACACUGACGGGAGAAAUUGCGUUCUCUAGAACUGAGCGAUUAAAUGCAUUUAGUCUACUCAGGCGUGACCAAAAGAAAUUUGACCGGGUAAAGCGCGUAGGAAAUACAAUGGAUUGAAUUAAAUUAGUCCUUGAAGAAAGUUUAAUAUGUCGGAUUCAAUACUGCUUAAUGAGUGCCGAAGCCAAUGACUGUGUAAGUUAAUAUCAGCUUGUUGAGACUGACUGAUGAAAGAUUCUCUCUUUGUUUGUAAUUAGUUAUUUCUUAAAUAGGCUUUUUCUUGUCUUUUUUUCUCUUCUAUCUGUUGAAAUGUCACAGCUGAUCAACUUUUGUUAUUUAUUUACUUAAAAUUGUGAUGUACUAGUUGUGCUAUCCAGUUUCAAUCAUAGAAUUUGAACCUUAAUUGUAGGAUGUUGAUCUCUUUUGGAAUCUGAGUAGGUGGUGAAACGUUUGAUCAGGCAAAUCUUUGCCUUACAGUUUUUAAGAAAAAUUUUAUUUAUUAAAUUGAUAUUUGCCAUCGUGUUUUUUUCUUCAUACGCAGCACCACUUUGUAAAAUUAAUUUCUCGUUUUUCAUUGUUUUAUCUUAAGCAAAUGAUAGCUUCUAAUAGCUCUUAGCUUUUCAACUUACAGGAAAAUUAUUUUUCACUUUCCCUGUGGUUGUCUGCAGAAGGGAUUUUUGUUCUGUGGUUGAUUCUGGAAAACCUCCGUUUUUAAUAAUUACCUCAGUUGUCACUGAAAUUUUUCUUAAUCAUAGAAUAAUUUUCUCUCGAAAAAGAUCAUUUUUACAACAUAGCACUAUAAAUAAUUUUGAAGCUUAUUUCUUUAAUUUCAGUUAAAGUUUUGUAAUGAUGGUAAAAUGAUAAGAAGACUUCUCUGAUUUUAGUUUUUUAAGAUUUCUGCUCUUCCCCAUUUUUUUUACCCUAAUUUUUUCUCGGUAGGAAAAAACAAGUAUUAUUUUUCCUGGAAAAUUUUAGGAAUAACUUUUAAAUAUGCAAAGAAACAUCAUGUAGAAAUUCUGGAACCAAAAUGGCUUGUUUGUUACAAAAUGCACCAAUAAUCUAUGUCUCAUAAAAGAAGAUAAUACAAAUAUUCAGAAACAAAUCUUAAAUCUGUAGUAAAACCAAGGUGUAGCAGUCUUGCUAGUGACACAAAUUUAUCAAGAAUAGUAUUCUUGUAUUUUUUUACGGAAUAAUUUUUCUAGAAUCAUUCCAGGCACUUACUUACUUGUAUAAUUAUAGUCUGGAGGCAACUUUAAGAUCAGCAAUACGCUGGCUACACAGACAAAUCAUGAUACAGUCACUAGUACCAAAAUUAUUAUUAUUCCUUUUCAUCUGUAAGAGAGUGGAAGCUUAAUGUUUUCCAUAAAUUUUUUGUCAAUUAAGUUCAGUCUUAACUCCUUCUGUGCUCUGGUUUUGUCAAAUAUCUGAAUGCAAUGUUUAUCUAAUGUUUCCGAGUCAGCAUCCUCAGUUUGUAGUAUAAGAAGAAAUAAGCAGCAUUAGUGCAAGACAGUUAAGGAACUUUUUGAGCGCGCCUUUUUAGCACCAUGGUCUCUAAGGAUGAUUGCAAUCUCCGUUUUCAACUUAAAAUCAAGAUUUUUUUGUGAGUCUCUGUGAAGACCACAAGUCAACACUUUCAAAACAUCACCAAGAAAGAUGUUCUCAGUUUAUAAUUUAAGCUGAUACUUUUAAAGAGUUAAUUUAUUUUAUUUACUUGUACAUAGCACUCAUAAUUAAUUCUCAUUGUCAUCACAUAUUACUUAACGCAGCAACUGGUAGCUCUGUUCUAAUGUUUGUGUAAGAGAAUGCCUAGUCUUCUCUUCAACUUGCGCAAAAAUGAGUCAAUUCUAAGCCUCUGCUGCAUUGAUGAUUUUGUAUGUGAACAAGCUAAGAUAAAGUGUACAAAGUUACGUUGAAUCGGAGGUCCAAGAUUAAACUUUCCUGGAAGUUCCCACCUGAAAUCUAUUUUUGAAGGAAACUUUGAUAGUGAAACGCACAAGCCUACACCUAAAAGUAUUCACCAACAUUUUAAACUACUAGGUACGUUGUUCUAGAAAAUGCUUGUUCUUAGCACUUUACUCUUCUAGGAAAUUUUGAUCCACACAUUGAUCAAUCAUUAUCGAACGGCCUUGACUUAAGCAUUUUCCAUUGCUGGUCAGCGAUGACAGUAGAUUUAUGAGAAACAAAUCUCUUGAUCUUAUUUUCCAGCCUCACAGUUUUUGGAUUCAAAUGUUUGCCUUUUUUCUCAUGUCAGGCACCAAUUUGAAUUUCGUCAGGAACUUUGCCAAAUACACUAAACAAACAUUGCCGAUCCUAUUUAACAGGGUGGCUACAGUGAAGGAAAAAUUUCGGUUUUAGCAGAUAUUUAUGUGUUGCAUCACACAUUUAGUUUAGCUUAUCUUAUCUUUCAAACAUAACAGAACCAAAAAUGAUCAUAUAUCAUCCUAUGUUCUUUCAAAGGUGAAGGAAUUUUGCAGUGCUUCAACCUGUAGAAACCUUUUUGUUUGUUUUUUCACGAUUGUUCGCUAUCUUUUCAAAAUUUUUUAUUGAAAUUUAAAGUUAAAAUUCCAUAAUCCUGUGAAGCAUUUUUCAUCCAUUAUCCCUUCAUAAUUAUUUUAGGCCUAGAUGACUGUGUUCAGGAAACUUCUCUGCAUGUAGUCUGAUUGUACGCCUUUAUCUUUGUAUAUGUUGACAGAAACUGCACUUGUUUUUGUGUUGGUAGUUACAUGCUGUCAUUAAGCUUGUAAGUAUGAAUAAAUACCUGUAUUUAUACAUCCGCGAGGAAAGAAAGAGAUUCAGUAUUUGAAUGUGUACAAACGCCUGUAACAAAUUAAAUAAACCGUAGCUGUUAUCAAUGUCA